UUUGCAGAACAUGAUGGGUUCCAACUAGAUCUCGGCCCUUUGAAAGAACCACUGGGAUUUAUACGUGUGCUGGAAUGGGAUCUGCUGUUCACUGGGAUCUUCACGUUUCUUUGGCUGGUGUCUUCAUCUGCCUGGGGAAAAGGGCUUACUGAUGUGAAAUGGGCAACUAGUCCAAAUACGCUUGUGUCCAUAGUGGAAGUUUGUAAACAACCAUCAACCAACAAGUGCACUGCUGGGCAUCUCCCCCUUAUGGGCCGCCUCAAUUCCUCUGUGAUAUUUGGAUUUCUCAACCUUAUCAUGUGGGGAGGAAACUGCUGGUUCAUCUAUAAGGAGACACCGUUCCACAGGUCGACCAAUCAGCCAGAGGGCGCCAGACAGCAGGUCCCACAUUCAUCAAGCAGGUGUUUUUACAGUAUUAAGGUGGUGCUACAUAACACCCCACCCAACUGAUCUUAGCCAUCUACCAGAUGUGACCUGUUUUAUAAAUGCCACAAAGGUCCUCUUCUAUAAUAUCAUUAGAUAUUUUAAAAUAUGUUCAAAUUUCAGUUUGUAUAUUACACACUACAGCAAAGCUUUAUAUUUAGUGAAAAUGCAUUGUUACAUUUUGAAGGUACAUAGAGCACCUUAGCAAAAACCUGUUUGUAUGAAAUUGUGCCUUCUGAUAUAUUGUCACUGUUGUUAUUAAAAUGAAACAUUUCGUCUCUUUACUUCCACUGUUAAGUUUCUGAUGUCAUUCGAGUCUGGUUUAUACUGGUUUUGUGAUUGUUGUGAUGUUCUCUUUUUGUGGAAAUUGAAGUUGCACUGUACAGUAUAUGCCCAUGCCGUUGUGUUUUCUCAUUCCCAUCACGGCCUUAUAAGUUGUCAUCUCAGUUUAUAUUUCUACUGUGCCUCUGAGUGAUUAAAUGUAAUUUUAUUAAUUAUUUGAACUGUGUGACUUAUAACUCAAGUUACACUGCCAAAUAUGUUAACAUGUCAAACCAGGCAAAAAAAAACAAAACUUUUUGUUGUAUGUGUUUAACAAAAACU